GAAUUUGUUCUUUCUUCAAAGCAAUCUUACCAAAACCCUCUUCUUGCUUUACAGGGCAUUGGCUCUGGAUUGCUCUGCGAAAUGCCAAAUCAUGAAGCCCAUGACACUGCAGUACCAACAUCGCCAAUCUGCAUCGCAAUAUGGAACUUUUCCUCCCAAUGGUUUCUGAUACCACAAGGUACUGGUGUAAUAGCCAUUAUUCUUCAUCAACUGGACUAUCAAUUCCAUGGUCUGCGUAUUAUCUCUGUGAUAGUUUGGGUGUAUACAAUCGUACUCCUGGCACUAUGCGUAUCCGUCUACCUUGCGCGAAUCUUCAUGUAUCCACGGCACGUCGCACGAGCACUCCGGUCAAGCAUGGUGGAGGUAUCAUGUCUCACUAGUGUCUCUAUAACGCUCACAACAAUCAUUCAAAUGAUCGCCUUGGCCGUUGCCCAGCAAUGGGGUGCAGGAUGGCCAAUGGCCUCAUACGUCCUGUGGUGGAUCAACACGGCUAUGGCUCUAACUGCUGUUAUGGGAAUACCGUACGUCUUCGUGAAGCUACAAGCUCCCGGAAUCAAGGCUGUCGUACCUUCCGUUCUACUUCCAUUGAUAUGUGCGCUAACCUCCGCCGCGGGCGGAGGUGUCGUAUGUGAGUAUAGUGGAAUUGGCGCUCGGCUGCAAGUCCCUACCAUCAUUGUAGCAUACCUUGAAGUCGGUGUCGGUAUUCCGUUGGCAAUGUCCUUUGCUGAUGUCUUCAUUGCGCGUCUCUUCGAGCGCGAAUUUAUGCCCAUGGAACAGGUCUAUCAAGAUAUGAUUCUCUGUGGCCCGUUUGGACAGGGCAGCUUUGCGCUGCUGAUUCUCGGGCAGGUCGUACGGUCUGGGGCAUUUGCAGAAUACGACCGGGGGUCAUUCUUAACCGCUGAAGCAGCGACCCCAAUUAGCUAUGCCAGCCAGUUGGCUGGUCUGUUGUCUUGGGGCUACGGAACCUUCUGGUGGGGCUACGCCAUCAUAAGCAUUCUGCAUACGGCUAUCAAACAACCAGGGGGUUGGCGGAGGAUACAAUAUUCACUUUCAGCUUGGUCUCUGGUAUUUCCGUGGGGUGUCUACACCAAUGCCGCCGUCCAGCUUGGCAAAGUCAUGGACUCGCCUGCAUUCAAGGUGUGGUCGACCGCUUUGACCCUCAUGCUCCUCAUCAUAUGGAUUGUGAAUCACAUCUUUACCAUUAAGGGCUUAAUUACAGGGCAAAUCUUGUCACUCCAGCACGGAUGGCGGGCCGGCCACUAUCAAGCCGGAGAAGUCGAUAAGCAGGUCUAACAUUAGCCAAAUACUACGACUACAUGCGUGGAAACCCUCGACGGUAUUUAUACGGUGUUAUAUAAGUUAUUCAUCAUAAAGGGGAUUACAUGUUCAUAGUAAGCAUUAUUAUAUAACCGAUAAAUCACCACUCUGCCCAU